AUGACUUCCAAGGCUUUGACUCGUACCGGCUUGCAACGUGUUGUAUCUGCCAUCGACACUUUAUUCCCACCUCAAUAUGCUGACUCUCGUUGGGAUAAUACCGGCUUGUUAAUCGACAGUUCUGUUCAGGACGGUAAUGUUGAUGGUAAAAGACCUUCUGUUCUUCUAGCUGUGGAUUUAACUUCAGCUGUUGCUCAAGAAGCCAUUGACAAGAAAGUCGACUUGAUUAUUGCUUAUCAUCCUUUCAUCUUUCGUAAUUGGUCUCGUAUAACUCCUCAAUCAAACCCGCAACAUCAAUCAGCUAUCAAUUUGAUACAAAACAAUAUCUCAGUGCAUUGUCCACAUACUGCUGUUGAUGCAUCAAUCAAUGGGGUCAAUGAUUACUUGGUCAAGAUCUUGACAAGAGGUGAUUAUAAGUUAAAUAAAUCUAUUGAAUCGAUUAACACAUCACCAGUGGCCCAAGAUGAACCUUUGAAAGAAAGGCUUGGGUUUGGUAGAUAUGUAGAAUUAAACAAUACCACCACAGCAUUAGAAUUGAUCCACAGAAUCAAAGAAAGUUUAAAAUUGAAAAAUUGUAUGGUUUCGUUACCAGAUAAAUACGACUCAUUAGAUUCUUUUAAAAUCAAUUCCGUUGCAUUAUGUGCCGGUAGUGGUAGCGGAGUCUUUAAAGAAUUAUCAUCAGAACAAGACCCAGACUUUUAUUUCACAGGUGAAUUAUCUCACCAUGAAGUCUUGGCGUUAAAAGAACGUGGUAAAUGUGUUGUUCUUGUUAAUCAUUCCAACUCUGAAAGAAAUUUCAUACAAACCGAAUUAAAAGAUAAACUACAAGAAUUAUUAGACGACAAAGUAGACAUCAUUGUCAGUGCUAAGGAUAGAGACCCAUUGCAAUUUGUAUAG